CUAUCUAUCUACCUAUCUAUCUAUCUAUCUAUCUAUCUCUAUCAUCUAUCUAUCAUCUAUCUGUCUGUCUAGCCACUUGAACAACAGUCCUGCGAGAACAACCUAUCCAAUCCCCAUUUCUUUUUCCAAAAGAUUUGAUCUGCAAUUCACUUCCCUGGAAUUCUGGGUUAAGUGGACACCUGUCAGCUCAAUCCCGCCCCAAGUCGCUAGAAAUCAGAUAGCACAUAAAUCGAGUUCUGUAAAUAAAAAUAAAGCAAAAUAACCAGAUGGAAAAGUUGCAUAUGAUGCCAGGGUACAAAAGGAGUUGUUUUACAUACCCUACUUCCUUAGAUUGUGUAGUCAAGGCUCUGGUUUUCCCAGUUGCAAUGUCUGGCUGUGAAAGUUGGACCAUAAGGAAGGCUGAGCACCAAAGAAUGGAGGCCUUUGAACUCUGGUGCUGGAGGAGACUCCUGCGAGUCCCUUGGACCGCAAGGCCAUCCAACCGGUCAGUCCUAGAGGAGAUCAACCCUGACUGCUCUUUAGAAAGUCAGAUCCUGAAGAGGAAACUCAAAUCCUUUGGCCACCUAAUGAGAAGGAAGGACUCCCUGGAGAAGAGGCGAAUGCUGGGAACGAUGGAGGGCAAAAGAAGAAGGGGACGGCAGAGAAUGAAGUGGCUGGAUGGAGUCACUGAAGCAGUCGGCCUGAGCUUAAAUGGACUCCAGAGGAUGGUAGACAGGAAGGCCUGGAGGAACAUUGUCCAUGGGGUCGCGAUGGGUCGGACACGACUUUGCAACUAACAACAACAACCUCCUUAGAGAUAGAUACCUCCCACUACAAGAAUUUAUGGCUCAUUCAGAAGCUGAGCAUCACAAGAGCCCUGCUCUGCUUUUGAUUUCCCACAAUGCCCCUGAUAGCCACAGAGCGGGGCAUUGUGGGAAAGCCCAACCGACAGGCAGAGACACACCCCACACAGGAUCAGGACUUUGCUCUCUCUCUCUCUCUCUCUCUCUCUCUCCCUCCCCCGCUGCUUCAAGGGGAAGGUUGACACACCUCCACCUGGCCAGGCUCUGACUUCCCUGGCGGGAAUUUCUCCCGGCAACAGCAACGGUUCCUAAGCAGCUGUUGCUAGGAAACGGGCUCUUGUUGACAGCACCCAAGGCUGCCUGCACCCUCACCGGAGCGGGGUGAUGGGGGUGGAAACACAGCUGUCUGAAUUUGGAUGCUUGGAGACCCGGCCCGGGAGACGAGAGAGAGCGUUGCUUUGGAAGCCCUGUCGAGUUUCAUCAUGGCUGAUCUGGAAAACAGGCUCUCUAGAGCAGCCUCCGAGCAUGUAGGGCAAGCCAAACCAAGCCAUUGUCCAGAACACAAAUGGGCUUCAGCAAGAGAUGAUGUGGAGAAAAAAUCUAUCUUCUACCCGCUGAGCGAGCAAGAUGAAGCGUCUACAGAAGGCGACACCAGCCCUUCCCAAAGCCGGCCUCCCUCACAACCCACCAAUGAAGGAUCGCUGGUCAGGAUGGCAUCUGUCCCCGGAUCUCUCAGUACCUGUGGACCAAGCGGGAGCGAGCAGGUGGGAGCCCUGGAUCUUCAAGUGCGCUCCAAGUUGGGCUCGGAGCUCCCUAAGAUAACCUUGGAGAAAACAGAUGAAGGUCGAGGUCGGGAGGAAGCCCCAAGCUCCAACGAAGCAGGCGGCGAGGCUGCAGCAGGAGGAGAACAAGCCCAGCAAGAAGGGGGCGAGGCAGAUCCUGCGAAGACCCUCCCAGAAGGUCAAAGCCAGGUUGCUCCUGACUCAGACAGCGACUUGGCCCAGACUUCCAGUUGCAAGGUAAAGUCCGGCGGGCUCUUAACGGGCCACGUCGGAAAAUGGAAAAAGGACCCGAAGUCCAGAACUCGAGACAUUCUGUGCCCCGAUGGACCUCCACCACUAGCCUCAGGUGAAUCAGAGAAGCCUUCCUGCCAGCUAGGAGAAGGCUUGGCUUGACUUGUGGGCCUGCUGCCCACCAAAUCCCAGCUCCUCUCCAUAUCUGAGAAAUAAACACCGCUUUCCCUUCCCUCCAAGCUGUUGCCUUCCUAUUUCCCGCAAUGCCCUAGAGCAGGGGUUUCAAGCCACAAGGCCCAUGGGCCGGAUCUGGCCCGCAAUAUGGUUGGAUCUGGCCCGCGGGGGACACCCUGGAAAAUGUAAGGGGCUGGCCUGCGUUGCUUUGGCCCGGUCUACUCCAAUGUGAAGAGGAAACAUGUCAGCGGUUUGGAGAGUCGUGUCAAGCUGGUCACACCCACCCAGUUGGCCACACCCACCCAGCCCCCCUCAAGGUCAAUCACAGCCCUGAUACGAAUGAAAUUGAGUUUGACACUCCUGCCCUAGAAUAACGCAAUGUGGCAUUCUGGGAAAAUUAAGAGGGGCAGUUUCUAGGAAGGAAGCCUCGACAAGGGCAGGAUCCUCUGAGAACGGUUGACAACUGUGGACAACUAAGGUGGACCUAUCUGAAGCCUCCAGAAGUUGCCAAACUACAGCUCCCAGCAUCCCUAACUACUGUACGCUCCAUUUUUGUGGGGCUGCUGGGAGCUGUAGUUCACCUCUUGCUCACCUCAAUACUGUAUGGGAUCUAACAUUCAAUGAAUUCUUCUCUUGCUCUCACGUCCAACCGCAGAAAAUCCCACCUGAUAGGAAA